GUUGUCCUUCGUCAUUUUUAUUUUACAAUUCGCAUUUACCGCUUCAAAAACAAAUAUAUAUUUUUCAAAUGAGCGCACCUGAGGACAGCGACCGUUUAGUCCAGGGGACCAGCAACGAUGCAGCCAUCAGCCGCGAGUCAGCCGCGCGCCUCGGCUACAUCGCCGACCCCUUCAUCCAGCACUUUGUCCGGCACCCACAACGGCGCGCACCCCUGAUAAACCGCGGCACCUUCACGCGCUUCCAAGGCGUCCAAAAAGCUCUCCGGCAAUUUCUCCGCCACACCAGCCAAAACCAGCAGCAGCAGCAGCAGACACAAAACCAGGUGGUUAUUCUGGGCAGCGGCCUCGACACGUCCUAUUUCCUGCUGGCAAAAGACAGUAUCCGUGCCAAACGGUACUUUGAAAUAGACUUUGCCGAGAUUAACGCCAAAAAGGCUGCCACCAUUUACAAAAAGCCAGAUAUGCGCCGGCUAUUGCCUGCAGAUACGAAGGUGGCCGCGGGCGGCUGCGAGCUGCACUCGGAGGAGUACUGUCUGCUGUCCGGCGACCUCCGGCUUUUCGCCCAGGACAUUGUGCCCCGACUCUUGGAACACGGCUUUGACACUUCUGCACCGACGUUAUUUGUCAGCGAGUGUGUGCUGAUUUAUCUUGACCCCCAGCACUCGGACUCUAUCAUCGACUGGAUCACCGAAUCGGUCGCCAAUGCCGCCAUCCUCACUUACGAGCAAAUACUGCCGAGUGACCGGUUCGGCCAAAUGAUGAUUGAAAACCUGCGCGCCCGCGGUCUCGAGCUCCGCGGCCUGAUGGCGUAUCCGAGCCUCGAAAGCACGCGUGACAGGUUUUUGUCGCGUGGAUGGGCGUCAGCCGCUGCAAUCGACCUCUCGGACUAUCACAAAAAAGCUAUUCCGCAGUCGGAGCUGUCACGCCUUGCACGUAUAGAAUUUCUGGAUGAGUGGGAGGAGUUCAGCCUUUUGGCCAAGCACUACGCAUUUACCCUUGCGCACACCACCCACUCCAAGUCAUUUGCAUCCAUCAAGCUCAUUUAGAGCUUUUGAUUAUACAAAAAAAUAACAAAAAUUGAAUGAUGAGAGUGGGAUUUGAACCCACGCCUCCGGAGAGACCGCGGCCUUAACGCGGCG